AUGUCAAAUACUGAAUCGUGGCCUAAUCUGGUUGGUAAACCAGUUUAUCAAGCUGUUGUAACAAUUAAAAGUCAAAAUUCAAAUUUCGAUGUGAUUCCAUUACCAGAAGGUUCACCUGUAACGUUUGAUUUUCGACCUAAUCGUGUACAUGUCUUCUUUGACGCCAAUCGUAAGGUUUCAUCAGUACCAUCAAUUGGUUAA